AUGGAGCUUACCACAGGUAAGUAAUAUUAUUAUACUGAACACAACAGACAGUACAGAUCGCUUGGCACACACUUUACCAUCAUAAUAUUAUAAUAUAUCUAUUAUUAUAGAUAUUAUUAUUAUACACAAUACACUACAACUAUUAGUAUUAAAUGUAUACAGGUCAUUCAAAUUUUUCAUAAAAUACUAUUUUUUUUUUUUUUAAUGGUUUGUAAAAAAUUUUAAAAUCAUAUAUUCUAAAAUGCUACAUUUCCUUAUUUUUGGGGGUGAAACUUCUACCUACUUUUGAUUUUUAAAUGGCAAACUAUAUUAAAAAUUCAAUAAAUAAAUGAAGUAUUAGUUAAAAUGUAUUUCAGUGUUAAAAUUAUUGAUUUCCAUCAAAGAAAAUGUAGAGAUACUCCACUUUAAAGUUUGGUAAGAGGAGAGAGAGUAGUAAAGUACUAUUAAAAUGUUGUACAUUGUACCUCCAUUCAAAUGAUGUUCCUACUACUCUCCUCCUACCCAAACUUUAAAGUGGAAUAUCUCUACAUUUUCUUUGAUGGAAGUCAAUAAUUUUAACUAAUACUUCAUUUAUUUAUGGAAUUUUUAUUACAGGUUAUUAUUUUAAAAUCAAAUGUAGUUAGUAAAAUAAGGAUGUCAAAAAUAAGGUCAAUAUAACGGUUAAAAAAAUAUGAUUCCAAAAAGAUUUUACAUUAAAUCAUUUUUUUUAAGUAUUUCAUAGCAAAUUUAACUGUAUAAUAAAAUUUGAAUGACUUUAUAGUUUUAAAUUUUAAAUGAAUUGAACACAAAUUAACAUAAAUUGGUUUAUGAAUACAUUAAGUUUAAAAAAUAAAUAAGCAGGUGCUCAGCAUGCUAUUUUAAGUAUUAUUUAAUUAUGAAUUCUAUAAAUAUAAUUUAUUUAAUUUAACAUACAUAAUCUACAUAAUCUAUGGCAGUGUGUUAAAAACUGCCAACUAACAAAUAUAUAUAUAUAUAUAUAUAUAUACGCACAUUUACAAUGUAAAGUUCAUUUAAAUAUCUGCAUUAUAAAUUAUACAAUAUAAUAAUUAUCCAAAAUAAGUUUUAAUUUUUAUGCUAAUAAUUAAUGAAAACAAUUAUAUUUAAUCAUAAAUUUAAACAAUAUAGUAUAAAUCGUUCUGUAUUAUAAAAAGUUAUUUAAUACCAUUAUUAUAUACCAAUAUAAAUUAAAUCAGAUUUCUUCAAAUAUAGAUUAAUAAUUUAAAUUAAAAUAUAAUUGAUAAGAGUAUGGUUAAUAUAUGCUAAAUAAACAACAUCUUUCACAUGGAUAUCAUCAGACCCUAAGGACAGUGAAUGCCCACCUCCUAGUAGGAUAGAGGUAGUAAAUCAAUUAAAGAGACUAAAAAACAAUAAAACACUGGGAGAAGAUGGAAUCCAGGGAGAAAUUCUAAAAAAUCUGGAUGAGGUAGCAAUAAAUAGAAUACAUGAUAUCAUCGAAAAUUUAUGGUCUGAGGAACAACUACCCAAAGACUGGAGUACAGCGUUGAGCCAGCACAAGUAAUUUUAAUGUGGAAAUCGAAAAAAUAAUAAACAAUAUUCAACAACAAAAAUCACAUUAAGCCAAUUAACUGCAAAUGAAAGGCAAUAAAGGAAACCUUAAAAGUGGUUACAGAUACGACGAUAGGGAAACAAAAAAAAGUGAAGAAACCUUGGUUCAACACUUCUUGAAGGAGGCACUUAACAGAAGGAAAGAAGCUAGACAAUGGAUCAAUGACCCCACCAAUAGAAAGAAGGAAUCUACGUUUAAAUAACGCCAAAAAGAGGCGAGUAAUAUAUUUAGAUUCGAAAAACGUAAAUUCACGAAAGAUAUACUGUGGGAAGCCGAGACCAACCAUAGAGUUAACAAAACUCGUGAGCUGUAUCGGAAGAUUAACGCAAUUAGAGGUAGGUACAAAAAACAUGAAAGAUUCUUAAAAAAUGAGGAUGGCUCUAUAAUUACGGAACAAGACAAACAAGAUUCUAGAAAACUGGAGAGUAUUUUGACCAACUGCUUAACUGUGAGAACCCUCCUGAAUCUUUCACAUGGAUAUCAUCAGACCCUAACGACAGUGAAUGCCCACCUCCUAGUAGGAUAGAAGUAGUAAAUCAAUUAAGGAGACUAAAAAACAAUAAAACACCGGGAGAAGAUGGAAUCCAGGGAGAAAUUCUAAAAAAUCUGGAUGAGUUAGCAAUAAAUAGAAUACAUGAUAUCAUCGAAAAUUUAUGGUCUGAGGAACAACUACCCAAAGAUUUGGGUACAGCAUUGAUCUGUCCCAUUUAUAAAAAAGGAGACCCACAAAAAUGUAGUAACUACAAAGGUAUUGCUUUAUUAGAUACGGCAUAUUAAGUCUUAUAAUGUCUACUUGAUAGAAUAGUACUCAAGGCCGAAAAUAUAAUAGGUGACUACCAGGAUGGGUUUAGGACCAAUAGAUCCACAACUGACCAAAUGUUCAUUCUAAGACAAAUCAUCCAAAAACUUUUGGAAUUUGACAAGGAGGUACACGUGUUAUUUGAGAAUUUCAGAAAAGCUUAUACAUACUCUAUACAUAGAGAAAGUCUUUUAAACAUUUUCAAAUUCCCCAGAAAAAUUAUUAAUCUCAUUACAGCCAGUCUCAAUCAUACAGAUAUACAGGUCAAGAUAUGUAACGUAACAUCGCAGCCAACUAGAGUAACGACAGGACUUCGGCAAGGGAAUGCUUUGUCUCCAGUGCUGUUUAAUUUAGUACUGGAGAGGGUAAUACGUGAGAUGAACAUUUCGGAGGGAGUUAUAUUAAGACAGAUUAGAAUUGGAAUGCNUUUGGAAUUUGACAAGGAGGUACACGUGUUAUUUGUGGAUUUCAGAAAAGCUUAUGACUCUAUACAUAGUGAAAGUCUUUUAAACAUUCUCAAAGAUUUCAAAUUCCCCAGAAAAAUUAUUAAUCUCAUUGGAGCCAAUCUCAUUCAUACAGAUAUACAGGUCAAGAUAGGUAAGGUAACAUAG